AGCGGGCAGAGCCAUGCGCCCCUCCGAGGAGUGAAGGGCCGGCCGGGCUGCUCCGGUGCGGGCACGGAGCCGCCGAGGAGGUGGCCCGAGGUGACGGGAAGCCGGGAGAGGUGCCGCGCCAGCGUCGGUAGCGCUGCCACCAAGGGUCAUCUACAACAUGUCUCUACCAGAAGACUCCACAAUGAAAAAAACAACCCAGAGUUGCUUCUUACUCAUCAUCCUUCUAACUAGAAUUGUUCCAAGUCUUUCUUCUUCUGUAAAUUAUACUGAUCCUACAUUAGAGCCUGUAGUAACUGAAAAUUCAGUCAUACGGCAGAAGAUAAUAGAUUCACAGUUCAAAUGUUAUGAGAGGAUGAACAGAGCUCCUCCAUACAAGAAAAAAGGUCUGUUCUGCAACCGAACAUGGGAUGGCUGGUUGUGCUGGGAUGACACACCUGCUGGAAGGCUCACUGCUCAAAAUUGUCCAGAUUAUUUUCCAGACUUCGAUCCAACUGAGAGGGCUUCAAAAUAUUGUGAUGAAACUGGAAAUUGGUUCCGCCAUCCUGAGAGCAACCGAACCUGGUCCAACUACACCCUGUGCAACUCUUUCACCUCUGAAAAACUGAAGAUGGCGUUCAUUCUUUAUUAUAUGGCAAUCGUUGGCCAUGCUUUGUCUAUAACAUCCCUGUUGAUCUCCUUGGCAAUUUUCUUCUAUUUCAAGAGCCUCAGCUGUCAAAGGAUAACACUGCAUAAGAAUUUGUUUUUUUCCUAUGUGCUGAACUCCAUGUUCACCAUUGCUCACCUCAUUGCUGUUGUCCCAAACCCAGGCCUUGUAAAAAGGGAUCCUGUCAGCUGCAAAGUGCUGCAGUUCUUUCAUCAGUACAUGCUGGGCUGCAACUACUUCUGGAUGCUGUGUGAAGGCAUUUAUCUUCACACGCUGAUCGUGGUGGCCGUGUUCGCCGAGGAGCAGCGCCUGCACUGGUAUUACCUCCUGGGCUGGGGGUUCCCUUUAGUGCCAGCAUCCAUUCAUGCAGUUGCAAGAGCCAGAUACUUCAAUGACAACUGCUGGAUGAGUGUUGACACCCACUUGCUUUACAUUGUUCAUGGACCUGUAAUGGCAGCUUUAUUGGUCAAUUUUUUCUUUUUGCUUAACAUUGUCCGAGUUUUGGUGACAAAGCUGAGAGACACCCACCGUGCUGAGUCCAACAUGUACAUGAAAGCUGUCAGAGCCACUUUAAUCCUGGUGCCCUUACUAGGAAUUCAGUUUGUCAUUAUUCCCUGGAGACCAGAAAACCGACUUGCUGGAGAAAUAUAUGAUUACAUCAUGCAUAUACUAAUGCAUUACCAGGGCUUACUUGUGGCUACCAUAUUCUGCUUUUUCAAUGGCGAGGUGCAAGGAGCUCUCAAGAGGCAAUGGACACAGUACAAAACCCAGUGGGGCCAAAGGCGCCGCGAGCACUGUUCCACACGAUCUACCUCCUACACUGCCACGUCCAUCACAGAGGUCCCUGUCUACCUCUACCAUCACGACUCCAACAAUGAGCAGCUGAAUGGAAGAUACGCAGAGGACUCUGAACUCGUUGCACUAAAAUCUGGGGAGACAUCUGCCUAGCUCAUCUGCCUAGCCACCGGCCACUGCAACCACAUCGCUUCAUGUUCUGCUCGUGAAAAAAUUGGGGAGAAGGGUGGGAGUGUGGAAAUCCAAGAUGCUGUGUCAGAGUGCAGGCCCAGGCAGAAGGACACAUCCUAUUCAAACCACAUCAGCCCCAGACAGCAGUGAUGUAGAGCGGGUGUAAUGCAGACCUGGGAACACCAUUUCUCCCGUGCCCUGCAGCAGGGAGUGAACACGGACCUGCCCACCAGGCUGCAUGACCUCCACAUCUCCUGAUAGCAGCUGUAUAAAGUGACCACCUGACACCGUAACUACCCCAGGCAGCCGAUAGCAAACAGGAAAGAAAGAACCAGUGUGUGGCAACUGGAAGCUUUCAGCACUUUUUGCUUUUGGUAUUUUUUGUUAACACUAGAUUUCAAACCAUCAACUUUCACAAAGUGUAAAUGACUUGGAGUAGUUUAUUUUUCCCUUUUAGUGAGCUUGAUAACUGCUUAAAAGGUUUGCACAUUGCAAGACAAAUCAAACUGAUGAACAGCAGAAAGUCAUUCCAAAGUAUUGAAAUUUUGAUACCUUCCAAAGAAUGCCACAAAAUAUUAUCAUCCACAAAGGAUAACCCAAAAUAUUAACAUCCCAUCAGCAGGGACAUAAAGGAAAUUGAGAUGAAAUAGUCAUUACAUACCAAGAUCUCAAACACCCUCAGAGAAACAGAUCAGGUCUUCAUGUUUAAUGACACAAGUCCUGAAGGCAUCUCAAAACAGAUUUCAUUGAACAAAAUAGAUUUCAUUGACCAAUAUUUAUUUAUAGGAAAAAUUGUCUGCCUGGAAACUCAUAAUUAAGACACAAUUCUCUCACUCUGAAUAAACGGUGAAAUUUGUUUGGGAAUUAUGGUUUUAUUUAAUAGGCAUUCUGAGUUGAGUGCUAGAUAAGUGCUUGUCUCUGUUAUAAAUUUGUGAUCAUGGCAGUAAAUCUUCCCAUGAAAGAAAUCAGAAACCAAUAUCUUAGCACAGGAAACAUCUACAUUUAGAAUCCCUUACUCUCCUGAGUUCCUAAUCAUUAGAUGGUCUUGUUAAAAACCUUUAUAAUCUAUUUCCACUUCUAAAGUUAGAAGACAAAUCCCUGUUAACUUAGAGGAGCAAUGAGCAACUCUCUUCAGUGCCCAGAAAUGAGCUACACAAUACAGUUCAGUGUAGACUUCAAAAACAUGAGGCCAUUUCCUCCACAGUGAUCGGACACCAAUUCUAAACACUGUGUCCAGCCCGGCUGAUUUUCCUUCCCUGACACAACCAGACCCCAAGCUUUACCCUCAAUUUAUAGAUUUGAAAUGGGGGAAAAAUAUAGUAUAUGUGUCCAGCUACAUGAGUCACCAUCUCAGUGGAGAAGUCCCUUCCAAGAAUGAGUUCCUGAGGAAGAGCUGUAGAGCCAGCACUGUGAGGAGGGACCAGAUUCGCCCUGUCCAUACAGGAGGCAAUGCCCUGCAGGGAAGGGGCUGCUGUUUUCGCCACCAGCACACGCACCAGCCCUGCACCACAGCACGAUGUCCCCAGGGUGAGGAGGGGGCUGCUGGCUCUGCCAUGAAGAACAGAAGAGGAGCUGGGGAACAAGAAGGAAUUGUCUGCUGGCAGUGCAGAUCCUCACAUGGUCAGUCCAGCAGAACACUCAAGAGAAAAUACCAUCAUGUGUGUUCGUUCAAACCACGUGUCUAUUUUUCAGUCUUCAAGGAAUGCAAAGACAGUUAUUUUUUGAAACAGUAUUUCUCACAUUGCUAUUUCUACAUUCACCAGUGAACACUAAGUUGUUAAAGACAAUAAAGUGGCUGUGCUAUGAACCUGUAUUAUUCUGAAUAGCUUUGGGGCACACUGCACUUCCCAGGAGGGCUGCAGAAGGCAUUCCUGCUUUCUGAAGACACAAAUGAGCUGAUUGUAAAAGAAAUGUGCAUAAUAUAGAGAGUUUUAUGACAAAUAUAUCGGUUUUAAUAAUGUACACGUUUACAACAUGUAAGUGCAAGUUGUUUCACAGUCAGUUAUGUUCAUGUGGAUGUACAAAAUGGAAAUGCUUUACCAUUGUAUUGAUUGUUUUCUUCCUUGCUAACGAUAUUUUCUUGCUCUGUUUAGUAGAGUGCUCUGAAAAGUCAGAUUCAGGAUCCAAGGUUUAGGAUAUUGUUUGCAGCUUCGGUGUGCUUCUGUCAGUCUUUAUGGAAGCUUUGGUUUCAGUCAAGGGAUGAUGAUUUCCAGCCACAAAAAUAUAUAAUAUUUUGAUAUAACAUACACACUGAGUUUAGGGCUGUCAUCACACCUGGGUUUUGUAGGAAAGGCUGAGUUUUAAAGCUACUUACUGAGUAAUCUCUAAUCAAAAUAUUUUCCAAUGGGAAAUGCUAUUUUUCUUCAUCUUAAGAUGGUUUGAAAUGUCAUCAUUGCACACAUAAGGUACAUUUUAUUCUCUGCUUUAUAAAUAGCUCCAUACACUAGUGAGAGUAAUAUUGAGAAUGCUGAUACAACCUCAAUAAUUCCAAUUAUGACAGUAGAGUUGUUUGACUCUAAUAGCUUUCACAAGGACAGCAGAAACACAUAAUUAAUGUAUGAAUAUCAAAAAGUACAGAAGGAGCUGACACUUGAAUCAAUGGAUUCAAGGUGUAUUUUAAGAGGAAAGCAAUCUCACAUUUAUCACCUCUGCAGUAUCUGUUUCCUCUCAAACACCACACCCAACACAUGCAAACCCAGUUUAGUGAGCAUUUGCUCUGGCAGAAGGUUUUGUGUGGUUGCUCUGAGCAACUAAAUCUAUCAGGAAGAUAGAUUUAGAUGGAUGCUGGUUGUUAUUCUUUGCAAGGUACAGAAACACCAAUUAAAAUAUUUGUUGUGGCAUGGGACGUUGAAAGUAAGACUUGAUUUUUAUUUUAUUUACUUAAUAAAUAUAUUUUAUCUGAAAUAAAACAGCAACAAAAGUAGAAUAGACAAUUUUCUCUGUAUUAAAAUUGUUAGAAAUAAUGCUCCCUUAAUUAAAACACUACAGAGUGCUCGCGUAGCCAAAUGACAUUCCUUUGGGAUAAGAAAAAACCUGCAAAUGUGGUGGAUUUUUAUCUCUUCUCCCAUUCUUUGCCAGCCUCAAUAAAAAAAUAUGAACAGACUUACAAAGAUGGAAAUCUGAGACACUGAAAAUGUGAAGGUACCUCCAUUUCCCCUACUAGGAAUUUUAAAAGUUUAGUGAGUCAUUGUGAAGUUAAAUACAGCUCAAAAAUUUGAGGAUUUUUAACUUACAUGUUAUUUGCAUU